AUGCAUCUUUUCUCUCUUCCUAGCUUCAAGCAGCAUGUGGCGUACAUGCAGCGUGUGUCGCAGUCCGCCGACUGGGGGCUGCCGCCUGUUUAUUCGCCCUGCGGGCCCCACACCGCGUCUCUGCCCGACCCGCGCCCUCAGUCUUCGGCCUCGCCUCCUUCUUCGUGGUCGCACCCGGAGGCGGGCCUGUCGCGGGCUCUGUUGCAGCCAGUCCCCGCAGGCGCGGAGAGCCCCGUGCGCGUCUGUCUUCUCGAGGCGGCGCCGCCUGCCGCAGGCACGCAGCUGAAGGCCGCCAAACAGAGACAGUGCCGGCGCGUCUACGACGAAAUUGUCUCUGAUUCGUCGGAGGAGGAGGCGGAGGAGCCCGCCGCGGAAAGAACGGCGGCGCUACUUCCCGGAGGUCGAGUCACAAGUCUGGGGGACGCGGGAGACGAGAGAGGCAAAGAGGACAUCAAAACGGCGGAAGCGGAAGCAGGAAAGGAACACAGCGAAGAGACUGGGCACGGAGGCGGCGCGCCAGCGGAGAAGUUGAGCGCACAGGAACGCGAAGCUGCGCAGCGCCGCCAAGAUGAGGGGGAUGGGGGAAACAACGGGUUCCCUGCAGAGGGGCGGAAAGACCGAGGAGAGGAGACACAGGAAGCGGCACGCGUGGAGACGAAGAUGGACUCCAAAACCGAAGAGGUGGAGGUGAAUGACGGGGCGGUAGAAUCGAGAGAUAGAAUAGAUUUGUCAAACGCAGGCGACGAGGAACAGAGAAAGCGAGAAGGACGUAAGGAACGAAGCGGAGCGGACAGAAAACGAGAGGUAAAACGGGGGGUGGCCUGCAGCGAACUGCAGCCGCAGGCAACAGGGCAAGGUAGCGGAGACGUGGAGGUGCAAGAAGCAGCCGUAAGGAACGGACCCCGUGCGAGUCUGGACCCGCGUGACGACGACGAGGAAAAAGGAGAAGCAAGCGAGGAACCGAUGGGGUCAGGAGAGGAAACGAUCGGGAAGACGGAGAGUGAGGGCUCCGAGCAAGCGGCAAAGAGAGAGACAGAUACAGAGCCCGAGGGGAUGAACGAGUGUAACGCCUCAAGGCGACUGGAAGAAGACAGGAGAUGCGGAACGCAGGAAGGGGUGAAAAAGGAGAGAGACAACGUUGAAGACAAGGUGGCAGAGGCAGAGAUAGCGCCUCAACUCAAGAGAGGUGCCCCCGCCGUCCAGGCGUGUGUCGUCUGUAACGCAAGCGGAGACACCGUAGACGCAGGCACGCCCCUCGCACCAAUGCCUCAGUGUCCUUUCCAGUGUCGCACCUGGUGCGCUGAGAGUCCGCGUUCUCACACGUCUGCUCCAUACGGUCUCCGACCUCAGGAGGCGGUUUCUUGUAUUCCAGCUUCUGCCGGGUUCCAGAGUUCGCCCUCGAGCUUUGCCGAGGCCUCCCCGUGGGUGGAUCCCUUCGAUCCUCCUCCUGCCCCGUCGCCUGCGGAGCUGCGGUGGCUGCGCUUCGUCGCCCACUUCAUUCCCAGUUCGCGGCUUCUUUUUCUUCGAGACUUUUGUCCGCGCUUUUCCUGGGAGGGACUCUGUGUGCCUUUCGCAACUGUCCAGGGCGAAAGCGAAGGCAGCCCGUCUCGAGGGGUAGCCGCGCAGGGCUUGCCGGCUGCCAAUCCGUCUGCCCCGUCAGAGCACGAAGGACGCGAGCAGCGGGAGGGCGCCGAUUCUGGCGAGUGGCGCGAAACUAACGGGGAGAAAGUGGCGCGAAGACCGCAGCCUGCGCAAGCGGGAGUGCGGCUGCUGAGCUCUCCAUGUUGUGCGCCGUUUGCCGGCGAGACAAGCGACACAGAAGGGGUCAGUUUCGCUGCUGGUGGAACUGAGUGCUUUCCUUCUUCACUCUGUCAUCGCUUUGGGGGGGAGCGUCCGCCCAAACUUUCUCGAGUCGGGAAAUCGGGAUGCUUCAGUUCACCUGCCGGCAAAGCGAGGAGGUGGAUUUGGCUUUCCCUGGCGAAAGUAAAAGUCGCCCUACGAGUGCACGAGUUUGAAGGUGUAGCUUGUCAGGAAGGAGAUGUGGGAGGAAGAGCGCUUCCAGAUGGUUGCUCGGCGUCUGCGACAGAGAAGAUUUUAAACUGUCUCCCGACAAUGACGAUCGCUCUCGCUAUUAGUAGCGCACGUGAGGGAGAGCGCAAGAAUUUCAAGCGCACAGCCAAUGGAACUCUGGCAGAGUCGAGCAGAAUGAUGGCACUACCAGCUUCAGAUCCAAGACGAGAAGGGAAGGGCUCCCUAAAGAUCGUGGAAGCGAAGGAGGAUUUCACGUGCGUGUGCUACGCUGUCGUCAUGCGCGUAGACAGGCGUGCGCACAAGAUCCUCUGCCUCGUCGGCGGCUCUGUAGCCGUUUCCAGCCACCUCCUGAAGCGCAUCGACACGAUCAUGCUAGGCACUUCAGGCGGCUCCGCGGUCAGCUCGAAGGAAAAGGCCCAAGGUACCAGAACCGUGAAACAUAUGGACGUGAAUAUGUCAGCGUCAGCCAUGAGUGCUCUAGCUCUGGAUGUAUCAGCUGAGGAGGACAUUCAUGACGGUGUUCGGUGUCGUCGAACCCAGGUGGUGGCGAGGAUGCUGAGCAGCAAAGCGGCUGUCAGGCGUCCGGCGCGACCGCGAGCUGUGCGGCAGUGA